GCAGCUCCGUCACUCAUCCCACCCUGAUACCCUCGUAACAAACAAGCAGUCAUCGAUGGAGGCUCCACGCAAGCUCGUCUCCGCCGCGCUCCUCCUCGUGCUGCUGCUCGCGGCCACAGGAGAGAUGGGAGGCCCGGUGGCGGUGGCGGAAGCUCGGAAGUGCGAGUCGCUGAGCCACAGGUUCGCGGGCCUCUGCCUGCGCGGCCACAACUGCGCCAACGUCUGCCGGACCGAGGGCUUCCCCGGCGGCAAGUGCCGCGGCGCCAGCCGCCGCUGCUUCUGCACCACCCACUGCCGCUAGUAGCCUAGCUGCAUGCAUGCAUGCUGGCACCUUUGUGCGUGUACCGUGUCCGUGUCCAUGAAUAAACCUCAGCUUGUCUACUAUCUUGGCAUGCAGGCCGAGCUGGGUAUAAGAAGCAACUUCUCCUUGUGUC